AUGGAAAAGCUGGGUAUUGAUGAAGAGUCGAAAGCGAAGGUUGGAGCUCGCAGGCGUGUCCACGAGAGGCGAAAAAGAAGGCGCAACGAAAGGCGCAUGAAAAGGCAGGAGAGGCAAAAUGGCCAUGUCGAUGAGCUGGCAGAACUUCAGAAAGCUAUAGAAGAGAAGAAUGAGGAGUUAGAAAGACAACAGGCGAACAUUGCAAAGUUGAAUGCACAGCUGGAGAAGGAAAGAGAAUUUCGCAAAAACUCAAUGCAACUACCAUCCGUACGACCCUGGCACCUUACAAUUGGUCGUGAGAUAGGAAAGGGGUCAUGCGGAAUGGUGUAUGCUGCUACAUUUGGAAAGCAAAGCGUAGUAGUAAAAAAGCUGGAUAGAAAGCAAACAACGCUCAACAUGGCUCAGACCGAGGCUCAUUUCCUCCACAACCUCAGGCACCCAAGUCUAUCACUACUUGUUGGAGUUGAUUUUGAGUCAAAAUCUGAUGACGAUUACAAGAUAAUAAUGCCACUUUACAGUGUCGAUGGUUCAUUGAUUAAUCUGUUGGGCACUAUGUUGUCAAACGAACUCGUGAAGACCGAAAUCAGAAGCACAUGGAUGGACCUUUUGAUGCAAGUUACCAAAGCCAUCGCAUACUUGCACAGGGUUGGAGUACUACAUAAUGAUUUAAAAUCAAACAAUGUAGUGCUCCAUCGGAAUGCUGAUAAAAGUUUGACGGCUAUAGUGAUUGACUUUGGUAAGGCCUCAUUUAUUGCCGAUGGUCACGUCUCAUCACGAUCUACAAAACCAAAGCAUAUAGCAUCAGAGGCCAAAAAAUCGACAUCAAGUGACAUAUUCUCCCUUGGUUGCAUUUUCAAAGACGCCUUCGGCCUCGUUAAAGAACUACACAUUUCCUCAAAUUUGCUUGUAUAUAUAAUUUUUAUACAUUGA